GCCAAAGAUGUCGGCUCGGUCAUGUGAUCGGCUGUGUCCAAUCACAGCUGAGCACACAGAUCAUCAGGGCACUGAUGAUCAGUGUGCCCUGAUGAUCUGUGUAGCCCCAGCAGUGCCACCUGUCAGUGUCCAUCAGUGCCAGCUCUCAGUGCUCAUCCAUGCCACCUGCCAGUGCCCAUCAGUGUCACAUUUCAGUGCCCAUCAGUGCCACAUAUCAGUGCCCAUCUGAGCUGACUUUCAGUGUCACCCAUCAGUGCCACCUAUCAGUGCUGCCAAUCAGUGCCACCU